AUCGUCUCACUCUCAUCUCCUCGAUUCUAAUCUUGAGCAGACGACGAAAAUAGAAACUCAGAUCCGAGUGAAAUUUGAAAGAAGAAGAAGAAAAUUUUGAAGAGCAACAAAAAAGAAAAAGACGAGAACUUUGAGAAUGAAAGCAGAGCUAAACUUACCGGCAGGAUUCCGAUUCCAUCCGACGGACGAGGAGCUUGUGAAAUUCUACUUAUGCCGGAAAUGCGCAUCGGAGCCGAUCUCAGCUCCGGUUAUCGCCGAAAUUGAUCUCUACAAGUUCAAUCCUUGGGAGCUUCCAGACAUGUCUUUGUACGGAGAGAAAGAGUGGUACUUCUUCUCACCCAGAGACCGGAAAUACCCAAACGGUUCUCGUCCAAACCGAGCAGCAGGAACCGGUUAUUGGAAAGCGACCGGAGCAGAUAAACCAAUCGGUAAACCGAAGACCUUGGGUAUAAAGAAAGCACUCGUCUUCUACGCUGGGAAAGCUCCAAAAGGGAUCAAAACCAAUUGGAUUAUGCACGAGUAUCGUCUCGCUAAUGUCGAUAGAUCAGCUUCUUUAAACAAAAAGAACAACCUACGACUUGAUGAUUGGGUUUUAUGUCGAAUCUACAACAAGAAAGGAACCAUGGAGAAAUAUUACCCCGCGGAUGAGAAACCGAGGACCACGACGACAAUGGCGGAUCAAUCAUCAUCGCCUUUUGAUACAUCGGGCUCGACUUACCCUACACUGCAAGAGGAUGAUUCGAGCAGCUCGGGUGGUCACGUGGUGUCACCGGAUGUUCGGGAGGUUCAGAGUGAGCCUAAAUGGGGAGAGCUUGAGGAUGCUUUGCAGGCUUUUGAUACUUCCAUGUUUGGUGGUUCCAUGGAGUUGCUGCAGAAUGACGCUUUUGUCCCUCAGUACUUGUAUCAGCCUGAUUACUUCACUUCUUUCCAGGAUCCGCCCGAGCAGAAACCAUUCUUGAAUUGGAGUUUUGCUCCACAGGGGUAAUUAAAAAGGAAGAGAGUAAACGAUGUUUUGCCUGUGUUGUGUUGUGCGAGAGAGAGAGCAGUUCUCAAUCGUCUCUGAUUCAUAGUAGUAAAAGAAGAUUGUAUAGUGUUGAUAGUUGUUAGCAUCACAAUGUCUCAUUGGUAGGCAAAUUCUUGUUAUUUCAUCAGACAUUUAUAUGAAAAAGAAAUAUACAAAUUUUUCAUGAUGUUGUUAUGUAGAUACUAGAUACUGAUAUUUAGAGAUAACCUGACCUUUAUAUAAGAA